CCGCAUGAGAAGCGGGAAAGGCCUCAGGGGCGGGGCCUGCGCAGCCCCAGGGGACCUGCCGGGCGAGCGAAGCUAGCAGGACCACGGGGCGGGGCGCUCGCUGGCGAGGGUGAAAAGGUUUCAAAAAUCGAUAUUAAAUUAUUAAAAUCUGGCUGCUUGGGAAUUACGACCAUAGAAGAAAAUAAUUCAAAAGGGAAAUAGAAUGAGUAUCUUUGAGGGUUACUUAUGGAAAUUCUGGAUUACCUGGACAUCUUAAGACCCAGGAACCCGUUUAUUAAGAAUCUGCUGUCUUGAAAAUUGCCUUUUAUGAAUGCUUUGAAUUAAGAAGGUGUAAACAGUGGUUUGUCAUUUCUGCCACAUAAUAGAUAAUCUGAAUCAGUUCCCUCGCAGUUGCCCUGAUGCCUAAAACUGGCAAGAACUAGUCCUUGGAGUGAUCAUCCUUCAACAGGAAACACAGAGCUAUCUAUGUACUAUAUAAAUGUUAUCUCUUUGAUGACAUUUAAGAUAAUGGACAGCUUUUCUACAUCUAAUUUUCAUACACACAAUUAACACUGAAGUCUGGAGAAGCAUUGGUUAUAUAUUGAAAGAGUGAGUUUUCUCUUUUUGAGUUUUCCAGAUUUAUUAUUUCAUCUGUAUGCUUGAAAUCUCCACAGUCACAUAAACUCCAGACCUAAGGAGGAGCUAUAUGACCCAUCAAGAUAUACAAAAACUAUUGGCAAGCUUUGGAACCAGUGGUUUUUGCGUCUGUUCAACAAUUAAUAUAUUCUCUGCUAACCAAGAAUAUGGAAGCAAAUACAAUCAUGCACAUUGUAUUGAUAAAUUGUGACUGUUGAAUUUUUCUGUAACUGGUUACUUUUGUCAUUCAAAUGCAAGUUAUGUCCAAAUGGAUAUAAAGACUAUAUUGGUGUCCCUAGCUCAUGGCCAGUGUUGAAGAUAGAAAACCUAUUAUGACUAAUCCUUGGGAAGAAAAAGUCUGCAAAAUGGCCCAAACGAGUUUACUGCAAGGGAAGCAGUUUUACUGUAGGGAGUGGGUUUUCCACAAGCUUCCGCAUUGCCUCCAGGAGAAAACCAGCUGCUGCAGUAGUGCUGUCAACACACCGUCCCUUGUGAUGAAUUCUGGGAAUAACGCUGGUGCUGUCUCAGGAAAGGCAGCUGCUUGGGGUGUGUUGUUGGUAGGAGGGCCUGUUAGUGGCAAGACAGCCCUGUGUACUGAACUCUUAUGGCCAAGUUCACCUACAAGCUUGCAGAGAGGUUUACAUCGCCAGGCUUUGGCCUUUCUUUUCUGCAAAUCCCAGGACUCUGAUACUUCGUGUUUUGGAGGGUUAGUUAGAGGUCUGGUUGCCCAGAUAUGCCACAGUGGACUACUCCAAGGAUAUGAGGACAAGCUCCGAGAUCCAGCUGUUCAAAGCCUCUUACAGCCUGGGGAAUGUGAGAGGAACCCAGCAGAAGCAUUCAAAAGCUGCAGGAAUAAACAAAGAAGUCUUGUACACAUGCUGAAGACCAUCGUAGUAAGAAUACUCUGCUCCACAAGUAAGUCUAAGUAUUGUUGUUCCUGUUUUGUGAUUUGUGGGUCAAGAGCCAUCUUUGUGUAUUUCUGAGUUUAAAAAUGUGAAAAAUGACAUUCCUUGAUGGUGUGACUAUCUGCUGUUCUAUUUUAUAAUAUCACCAUAGCUCCUUCAACAGCUCAAAUUACCUCUUUUCAUACAAAACAUAGCAAUUAUAAAUGCACAAAAUAAAAGUGAACGUGCCAUAUAACAUUAUGCACAGUACAAUAUAGAGCAAGUUCUGCAUGAAUGAAAUCAAUCACUGUGUGCUUAGAUCUAAUUAAGUCUGUGUUUCUGAGAACCUUAAACAAAAGGAAGCAUUAAGACCAUCUCAGGGGUCACAGGAGAUCAGAGUCAAAUGCCAAAUUUGUUUCUAGAGAACAAAUGUGUCUGAAAAAGCUAUUAUAGAUGGUAAAUUUAAGCAGAUGUACAUUUUCGUGAUCCAUAAGAAAAUUGUCAUUUGUUCACUUAAGUUGACACAGAUUUCUACAGAGCAAAGAGUCUUAUGAAAUAAGAGCUGGUACAGAUUGGUAUCUUAAUCCAGACAUUACAUAGACAGCUUUGACCCUUUAAAUAAUAAUGACAAAAUGAAGGGGUAGAUGAAAUUUUAAUAAUAAUUCUUUUACUAGUAUGUCCACUAGCAUCUAUCUAAAUGAGAUACAUGUACCAUUUCAGCUGUAUUUGCAUACAUGAGGCUUUCACACAGACACCCAAGAUGGUAUUUUAACUGCUUAUUUUACAGAUUUUAUUCCUUUCACCAAAGAGAAACAAAAUAUUUCAUCUCCUUAUUGAGGCAAAGAUUAAGUGUAACAAGUGAAGUGUAAGCCAGGCGCCCUGCAGCUGGGUUGAAUCAGGGGUUUUCACACAGGCCUCAGACUGCCUCCUAGGGGAUUCUUGCUUGCCUGGGAUGCUCUUGUGCCCUGCCGUGAGCAAAACAUCCAAGCAGUGCCCCUUGGGCUCCUGAGGUGCCCGUGCCUUCCCCUCCCUGAGGAAGGGCUUGCUGGCUGCUGCAGAGAGCUGCAGGUGGCUUCCUCUGUCCUUUUAGUAUUAGUGUCUUUGUACUCACUUAACCUCUAAAUACUAAAUGCAACUGAAAUUCUUUUAAGUCGCUAGCAGGAGGGAUAAAGCCUACUAUUACGAGUGUGUAUUUAGGGAAAAAAAAAGAAAUGAAACUUCAAUUGACUAAUACUAGCCAAUUUUUAAAGAAAAUUAUGCUGAAUUUUAACAGUAUUUUUGAACAGUUGAGACUUGUUAUUAUAGACAAAUUGCCUGUUGAACAGUGAGAUUGGUGAGUUUGUAUUACCAUCUAUGUUCACAUUUUCUGUCCUUGGUGAGGAUUGGGUGUGGGGUCAUGGGCUUGAGGAGUCAUGAUUCACAAGAAGAAGGAGGGCAAAGAGAGAUGGGAGGGAAGGUCCUGCGCAGUCACUUUCUCCAGAACUUGCAUUCCCACACCGCAAAACAAAGAAACGUCUUUGGUAAUAAAAAUUCCUGAAGCACUCUGUCGUGUUUUGUGUGGCAGAAGCAGCUGUGCAUCAGUCUGAUCAUGAGUGCUGAUUUGUCCAUAGGAAAUUUGUGACCAGGAUUAGUAGCCAAAUGUUCCACGAAUAAUAGAAGCAGCAGCACAAGAUCCACUUGGCACCUCCUCGCUUCUGAUCUUGGAAGCAGAGGAGCAUACUUACUACCCCCCACAGUUCUGGAAGCAAACUCUUUAUUCUCCCCAUUUCUGAAUGAGGAAAGUGAGUCACAAGUGAAGAUAAUUUGCCCAAAGACAUUAAGCCCAAGUAUGAAAAAUCCUCCUCUACUGUUAUUUAUUAAAUAGCCUUGACUCUGUAGACAGUGUUAUUUUCCCAGCAAGUGAGUUACCUAGAACAGAAGCCUAAGCUAGCAGUGCCGGUUAAAGACCAAUUUGGCCCUGCAAAAUACCAGGGUCAUGCAUCCCUGCUAAAUGGAAUCUUUUUUUACAGGAUGUGCUGCUUAUAUAUUCAAAUGCAAAUGAUCUACUUCUCUGUGACAUUCUGCUACUCCGUAGAUGGACUGAUGGGCAGUGUACGAUUUAGCAGUCCUAACAAUGAAAGUGUUUCUUACAAUUCUAUUGUUUUCUAAUUUUCCUGCUAUAUGGAAAACAAGAACUUUCAUGUUGGUAUGAAUAUGGUUUUUCAUAAAAGAAGACCGAGUCUUAAACUAGAACACGGAAACAGGGAAAAGUAACUCUCAGAGGAAAAUCGAACUUGAUUAAGAUUCACACUGAAACAUAACUAUGUGACACAAGCCCUCAGGGAAUGAAUGGUGUGUGUGUGUGUGUGUGUGUGUGUGUUUUGUGCACACGCAUGUACACGCACAUAUGAAUGCACGCUGCUUCUUGUUUUUAUGUUCUUGUCUGUUUAUCUUUCCUUUGCUCAUAGGCCCCAGCAUGGAUCUCUGAGAAGUAGUUCCAAAGUUCACACUCCUGAAGUCUUCCUCUGUAGACUUCUCCUGCCUCUCACACUGAGUUCCACACACUCAAAUUCCCUAGAUGGAUUUUCCCUUGGAACAUAGAACCCCAAAUUCCUAAAGUCGCCCCUCUCUCCCUCCUGCCAGACCUUUCCUUUGGUUCCUCUCUGUUAACCUGUUCUGUUAAUCAGGUCUUACCUUCUGAAACCUCUCGCUCCUCCCUGGUCCUCCCUUUGUAGCCUCAGCUCCAGCCCCAGGAAUUACCCUGGGCCCCAGGAAUCACUGCCUCUCUCCUUCUUCCCUCAGUGCUUCAGAUGUCUGAGUCUCAGCCGGGUUCAUGUGGCACAUUCACAGUUACUGACUCUGUGACCUCAGCUGGCCAGUUCACUUCAUCUCCCAAAUAGGGAUGAUGAUGUCCCCCUCACAGGCUCCUAAGGGGGACAGAAUUAUGUGGUGACUAUAAAAUUCUGAGCAGGGAACUUGGCACCUAGGCUGCAUGUUAGCUAUUCUUUAUUAUGACCACCUCAGUGUGACCCCGUGGUGAAGUCAUUGUUUCUCAUAUAUUUAGAAGAUUCAUGAACUGCUUCAUCAACCUAUUGCAUCUAAGUGCCCCAGUGAACAGGUACUGUCCUCAUGGAGCCCACGGCCUGGGAGGACAGGUCAGUCUGCCAAGGGAGAGUCCAGGCGCAUUUAACUCCAGUUCCUCCCACUGAAGUCACAAAGCUCAAAGUGCCUUGCAUGGUGAGGCAUGGGCUGCAGUUCAAUGGGUAAAUGCCGCAGUCCGGCUGCAGCAAAAUAACCUGGGGGUGACGAGGAACUUGUAUAGAUUGAUACAGCAGGAGUGGGAGCCGUUUAUUGUAGGACAGGAGGGGUAUUUAUACAUUCCACACAGCUUAUCUAAUUAACAUAAACUAGAUACAGCAGUCAACCAAUAAGAAAUCUCCACACUUAAUGGCUCACUGGCGUUACUUCACAAACCAUUCCCUCUGCAAAAUGCCAGGCGCCAUUCUGACUUGUUUACAAACUCUAACAGGUAAAUAUACCCAUAUUCACUGCAUACAAAUUUUAAUUUACUACAGUCGAGACUGUAAACAAAUAAUUUUGCAAAUCCUGGGACACAUAUUUAGGGGUAUGAGUUCACUCCUAUGUGUUGUUUCAAGCCCUUUUCACUAAAUUCAGUGUCCGGAUGGUAACUGGCUGCAUGCUGCUUUUCCCCACCUGUGGUGAAGUUCAAGUCAAUCAGCCACAAUGAAUAUGGUUCAGAUCUCCACUCUCAGCACUGUGACAGGCACUGCAGGGAGUCCAAAUGUGUCUCUGUUCUUUGGGAUUUGAGCACAUGGAGUGGUCACACGCAUGAAGCAGUGAAAGCAAUAACACACAGGACAGGGGAAGGAAAGGGAGGAGAGCCAUCAAAGCAUGUCCAUCUUGGCAGGGUCAUCAGAGAAAGGGCUUGGUCAGUCAACAAGGUGGUCAGUCAAGGCCUGCGUGCCCUUGAGAGGCUCUGGAACGUGGGUCUUGAUUUCAGGGAUGGAGAGCAGGCAGUAGUGCUGAGGAGUCACUGGAGAAAUACUCAAAACCUGCAGGCUCACGGGGGACAGUGACCAAUACCGCACAGUGAUAGGAACACUGUCUUGGCCAACAGGACUGGCCAGGACACAGGGAAUCUUAAAAUCAUGAUAUUUACAAACUGUGGGUUAUUAAAAGCCUCAAAGCCACAAGAGAAAAGGUCCUCCCCUGUGUUGGUGGCAUGGAUUCUGACUCGCAUGGCCCUGUCUGGCGCCCUUGCGAGGCACCUAGGCAUGAGUUGGCUUCAGCAGGAGAGUCAGGACUGCUCUGGGGAGGAAGAUGGGCCUCGGGGAAAGCGCCCGUUUUCUCACCUGCCGUUGAUGCUCUGAUCCUCUGUUCCUCUGGGGUUCUGUUCACUGAUGUGCAAUCCCAGGCCCACGAGGAUGAGGUGCAGAGACCCCAUGGACAGCAGGGUCUGGGGCAGGACUUGGGCUCAGGUCAGGACUCCACUGUGGAGGUAGACGUCGCCCUGCGCAUCCUGAGUGUGACUUUCUGUCCCUGCCCUGACUGACCACGGGCAGCUCUGGAUCAAGCCUUCUCACUGAGGGACCUUCGCAGCUUUCCUUUCACCCCGCAGUGCUGAGCUGUCCUCUCUCACAGGCCCCUUCUGGACACUGUGCUGCUCUCUAGAUUCAUGACCCUGGCAGGACCACGGAGGUUUCCUCUCACUGUGAUUCCAUCACAUCCAUCAGCUGUCACCGUGUUCACUGAUCAGCAUUCACAGGCACAUGGGCACACACACCUGUCAUCCCCGGUUCCUGGGAGCCUGAGGCAGGAGGAUUGCAAGCUGGAGUCCAGCCUGGGCAACUCAGUGAGACCCUGUCUCAAAGUGAAACUUAAAAAAGAGAAAGAAAUUUGAUGAAAGAAUAAAUGGUCACAUUAUUGUGCCAAGUGUUUGGGGGAUUUGGGUGGUUUGAUUUUGAGAGGAGAAAAGAACCCUUUUUUACUAAGAGGGAUAAAAAAGGUCAAGUUUUCCAAAAUGUGCAAGUGGAGAAGCCUUUGGCUCAGGAGCUAUGCUGGAGACACACAAGCUUACUGUCCAACCUUUAUUACCUGAUGGAAUAUGACUUGCCGAGAAUCCAUUGACCUGCAUCACUUCUUCUUUGAAUGAAGAGCUUGUCAAGUGAAGGAACUUCCAUUAGCAGAGUUCUAGGCUCCAGGGGAGGAUCCAGCUGUUAGGAUCAGGUGAAAAGGAAAAUAGUCCGUUUGUUAUGCAAAGAAAAAACAACGUACUUAUCUAUGUGUGCCCUUCGGUAGACAGGAACAAGUGACUUCAGAGGUGUCAGUGACAUGUUUUUUCAGCCAUAUUCUCAGUUGCAAUGGAGCAAUACAUUAACAAAAUUGAGUCCCUCUGUAUAUUUAUGUUAUUUCUUAAUUUGAGAGAAAGUAGAAGUGUAUUCAUAUUCAGCUGUAAAUCUUGUUUUGCAGUGAAACACUAGGAGUGGGAUACAAAAACUUCAGUUAUAGAAUAAACACAUCACUUUACCUA